AUGGAGUUUAUGGAUAUUGUCGCAGAGCUCCAGGCCCUCCCCAACGAUGUCCACAUCCUAUGUCCCCGGCAGCAUGAUGACGACCACGCACGAUAUGACGAUGAGACGGAGGUAGACGAGUCAGGAAAAAGUGUUGCAGAGUUGGUGUUGGAGGCCAACACUCGCAGGGAAAAGUUCUUGUCUUGCAUGCGAAUAUUGGCCUUUAACCAGGAGGAGGUUGAAGAGCUGCAGAACUGGAUUUGGCGCAAGAUAGAUGACGCGCUUGAGAAGUGCGAUCUUUGUAUCAAGCAGUACUACAUGGGUAAAAUAUGGCUUAUGGAUCAGCUCAAGGAGAACUAUGAUGAGGAGGAUAUCGAAAAAUUCUCGCGGAUGCUAGACGAGUGGGACAUCAAGCGGAUCACAAAGAAUUUGACGACAGCAACAACAAAGCUGAGAGAGGUUCCGGCGGAGCAGAUUGGACUGCAUGUGUUAGAUCGGGCAUCACUACUGUCGAUUUUUGAGACGCUGAGCUGUGAUGCUAUGCUGCGUAAUGAUAGCCUGCUGAAGGAAUAUUUCGACGAACCUUUCCAGCUGAUUCAGACCAAGCGCACUCUCAAAGUAUCAGAUUAUAUCCCGGCUGUCUCCCGUUUCCUGUUUGAUCCCAACCAAAGCCGCAGCUUCUGGGCUAUACAUUCUUGGAUGCGAUAUCCACGACCUCCCACGACCGCGGAGUUCGAUUGGGCGAUUAAGGAGGGGUUGCUUGCUGCAUUGAGGACGGCCUCUCAACAGCCGAUACAGGUAGCUGUCAUCCAGCGACUUUGGCGUGGUAUGCAGAUUGUGGUGAAGAGAUUGGAUAAAGACCAGAUCACUCAUAAUUUGCGCGCCCUUGAGAUUGAUCCCUGCCGGCUUUCCGUGGAUCACCUUGCAAUCCAAUCUCCUGGGCUACGCUUUACUCUAAAUACAAUCCAAACUUUUCUGGAAAAGGCUCCCGGCGACUUCUGGGAUGCGAUGCAGACAAUAUCACCCCAGGCUAUCGUCGAAGUCGUUUUUUAUAACCCUCAAGUCGAUGCUUUUCUAACGCAGGCUACCGACGGAGAGCCCUAUGAAAAGUCCGCGAUGAAGGAUAUACUAUCGUGGGUCAGUCCAUUCAUGUCAUCACUCAAAGGCGCCCAUCAACCUACAGCAUGCAGAUCCCUUGUAUACCAACUUCUCGAUCGACUGCAAGAUGCACGAUUUCCAAACCUGGCUAGGUAUCAUUGCUUUCAUGUGGGCCUAGUUAGUCUGCUUCAUACACUUCGCAGUUUCACGGACCACGAAGCAUCAAGAGGUUCAGUCGCCCGUGUCGUUUUAUCGGAAACUCUAGGUGUCGUGAGUGAACAUAUAAAUAAAAUUCUUAAACCUCCUCAAUUCGCCGUGGAGCAGGGACGCCAAAGGGAGAUCAAGUCACUUUGUAUGGAUGUCAUUCGCAAUACACUAGCCCUUGAGUGCCAAUCCCUAAAGAGUGAUUAUGAAGUCAUUCUCCGGCAGAACUCCCUUCAGCACGGUGUCAGCACAUAUUCCUCUACUAUUUGGGAUGCGGUCGUUCAACACCUUCAUGAGGAUGACCUGGCUCUCUCAACAUCGGCCUUGCUAGGUAUAUUACCCCUAGUUGGUCUAGAGAAAUUCCCCACCAAAGGGGAGUCAAGCCCAGAGAAAACACAUUUUAACUCCAUCUAUGGCCAUCUUACUCAUCUUUCUUGCCAAAUUAUUGAAAGACUGGCCGAUUUCAAACCAGAUCAUCUUGACGAAUUGUUUAAAAGCCAAGAUACUGGCAGCGCUCUAAUAUCUGCCCUUUUCGCAGCCGAUCACAAUACCUAUCAAGCUGCAGUGGAUCUUAUCAAAAAUGUUAGCGGCCAGUCGGCUAGAAGGGAUGCAAUCUCUCAUCUCCUCGAAUCUUUCUUUACGACGACAAUGUACGGACUCAGCUGGUCGUUCCGACGUAUUUCGAAUAUGAAAACAUUUGCCUCUGCACCAAGAAUGCUCCAUACAGGGACAGAUAUCGUGGAUAUACUCUGUGACAGCCAAACCGGUAUGCUCAGAACCCGCAAACUUGCUGACCGCAGAGAGAUCCUCUCCCUCCAGAAGCUCUGGGAGUACCUAUGGCAGGCUUUGACGACAAUUUUUGACGAGACGGAAUCAUGGCAUCUCAGAGGUAAUGAUAAGGCUGUAAUGCUAGAAUUCUGCCGGGACAGUAUCCAGUUCGCCGACCUCCUGUUCAGCCAGUAUGGCGUGUUUUUAAGUGCUGUUGUGGACGCAGAUCCGAACCAGGAGAGCUCUGCGCGCGAGAACUUCAUUAAGCCUCCGACUGCUACCAUGAGUGGAAUGGUCAAAUGGCUCCGACUCAAGGAUGAAUACCUGGCAACAACAUUGGUUGGCCUUGUUGCGAAAAUCCUCCGUCGUCUGGGAGAACUCAGUGUGACAACAGUCAAGGAAGACGCUUUGAAUUUUAUCGAGGGCGUUGCAGUAAAGUCCACUAUAAAGACCAUCAUUACCCCACGGGAGAAAGCAGAGCUUGUCCGCGCACUAGAGGCUUACUAUAAGAAGCCUGUCGUAACCGCAUCGACGGCUAGUCUCAAGAAGCAGAGUAUGAUUACUGCAUUUGCAAAGCCAGCCGAGCCUUCAGCUUCUCCCAGCCCUUCAAGAACAGCAGACGAGUUUGAAGAGGCCGAUCUUUCCGAUGAUGUUCUGUUACAGCUUUCCCGAUCUGUUGAGCUUAACAAAGAAAGGCUCGCCGCGGAAGCGAAGAAAAAGGCAGAACGGGCUGCAAAGGCGCUCCCUGUGAUUCCGAAGCCCGCCCCUGCUCCACCGAAAUCAAACCUUUCAGUUCAAGCCUUCCGCGAGAAACGCGAACGGGAGCGAGAAGCUAAGAAGAAACGUGAUCUAGCUGAACUGGCACGGUUGAAGAGAGGUGCUCCACCGCAUGGUGUUGCUGAGCAGACUGCUCAUCAGGGUUCUGCGAUUGCUGGGAUUGGCAUAAAAGGCAAGGACCACACCCCUGCUGAGAGCAUGAUGGUUUCAUCCGGCUCGGAGUCGGAAUCGGAAAGUGAAGAUGAACUUGAUAAAGAACUCUUUGGUCCCAAGACUGGUUCAAAACCAGAUGCGGUAAAGGCGUAUGAAGAGAGUAAACGAAUGUCUCUCAGGCAACAAGGCCCUGUCAAGAAGAUCAAGCAAGUACGUUCCGCAAAGGAUAUGCGAGCUCGUUUGGCGCCAGACCUAUCAUCUCUACAUCGGACCAUUCUUGCCUGGGACUUUUUUGCAGCCGGUGAUCUUCCACCGAAUUCCGGGCGCACUGAUUACAGUCUGGUGUCCAAUACAUUUAGAGACCCUAUCGAGUAUCAGAGGACAUUUGAGCCCCUUUUGAUACUUGAGGCCUGGCAGGGGUUCCGGUCUUCCAAAGAGGAAGGCUCCUUCAAACCCUUCGAGGUCAAAGUCGCCACACGUCUGUCUGUGGACUCCUUUGUUGAAGUUAGCACGGUGAUGCCAGCUCUUGAAGUCAAAGAUUACGGUCUGGGUGAGGCAGACAUUGUUCUCCUCUCUAAAGGCAAUUCCCCUGCAACGGAUUCGUCAGCACCUCACUGUCUGGCAAGGGUUUCUGGCAUCAACAAGAAAAAAGGCACAGUCGAAGUUUCUUAUAGGGUUAACCCAGGUAUUCCUUUCAUCAACUCGCUAGGCCCCGGUGCCACAAUCUGGGGGGCUAAAAUAACAUCUCUCACACCACUAGAGCGUGAAUAUGGCGCUCUCAUGGCCCUGCAAUACUAUGAUCUAUGCGAGGAGGUUAUCAAAGCGAAGCCCUCACCAAUCCUCAACUAUUCAGAUGCAAGCCUCAAGCUCGUGGCUGACAACUACAAUGUCAACCCAGCCCAGGCAAAGGCCAUUAAGUCUGCGUUAGACAAUGACGCUUUUACCUUAAUUCAAGGUCCCCCUGGUUCUGGUAAGACUAAGACGAUUGUAGCACUCGUGGGUGCUCUUUUGAGUGGUGUACUCGGUGAACAGGGAGUAUCAAUAUCACGACCAUCAGCGACAAGCAGUACACGUGGACCAGCAAGGACGACCACCUCGAAGAAGCUCCUUGUGUGUGCUCCCAGUAACGCAGCUGUUGAUGAAUUGGUCAUGCGUUUCAAGGACGGUGUUAAAACAAUCACAGGUCGUCACGAGAAGCUAUCGGUGAUUCGCCUGGGAAGAACUGACGCCAUAAACACCAAUGUCCUUGAUGUAACCCUGGAUGAACUGGUGAAUGCCCGAUUGAAUCGAACUUCACGCAGAGAGGGGGGGGAGGUGGACCUGCAGAAAAUUUACAUGGAGCACAAGGCUGCUGAUACUGCUUUCAAAGAGACUCGCUCUAAGAUUGAUCAGUGCAGGGCCCAGGGCCUUCCCGUCCCGCUAGAGCUAGAGCGUGAAUUUGAUCUACUCAAAAAGAAGAAAACGCAGCUCAGUCAACAGAUUGACAAUGCUAGAGACAAAAACCAUUCCGCGGCCCGUGAUGCCGAUUUAAAUAGACGACGAAUUCAGCAGGAGAUAAUUGAUGGUGCUCAUGUUAUCUGCGCUACCCUUAGUGGAAGUGGACAUGAAAUGUUCCAAAACUUGAGCAUUGAAUUCGAGACUGUUGUUAUUGACGAGGCAGCGCAGUCUAUCGAAUUGAGUGCCCUCAUUCCGCUCAAGUAUGGAUGCUCCAAGUGCAUUCUUGUUGGAGAUCCGAAACAGCUGCCCCCAACGGUUUUGUCGAAGGUUGCGUCAAAGUUCCAAUACGAGCAGAGUUUGUUCGUGCGUAUGCAAGCUAAUCACCCGAGGGAUGUCCAUCUACUGGACACCCAAUACCGUAUGCACCCGGAGAUUAGUGUCUUCCCUAGUACGGCGUUCUACGAUGGCAAGCUUCAGGAUGGCCCGAACAUGGCUCGCCUUCGUGCUCGCCCCUGGCAUCAAAGCGAACUUCUUACUCCGUACCGAUUUUUUGAUGUGCAGGGUAUGCAUCAGAGUGCCACAAAAGGACAUUCCUUGAUUAAUAUCGCGGAACUGAAAGUUGCCAUGCAACUAUACGAGCGACUGGUGACGGAUUUCCGUGACUACAACUUUAGUGGUAAGAUUGGUAUCAUCACACCUUACAAGGGUCAGCUCAGGGAGUUGAAAAACCAUUUUGCUGCCAAAUAUGGCAAUGCAAUUUUCAGCAUGAUUGAUUUCAACACGACGGAUGCUUUCCAGGGUCGAGAGAGUGAGGUUAUCAUUUUUUCUUGCGUCCGGGCUUCUAACAAAGGAAUUGGUUUCUUAUCCGAUAUUCGUCGUAUGAACGUCGGGUUGACUCGUGCCAAGUCAUCGCUCUGGGUCCUUGGUAAUUCACAAUCCCUUAUUCAAGGAGAGUUUUGGAAUAGUCUCAUCAAAGACGCCCGCCGGAGAAACGUGUAUACUGAAGGUGAAAUUCUCAAGGUUCUUCAAAAACCACAAUUUACCGGUUACAAAAACAUCGAUAUGGUUGAUGCAGAUGCCUCUGAAUCUGCAGUUCCAUCUAGAGCUGCAUCUGCUGCAUCUAUAUCUCGACCAUCAUCCGCCUCCCUGGAUAAUCUUCCUUCGCAAUCACCAUUUUCUGCAACCGCAUCCGCCAAAGGCACUCCACCCGCUUCUUUACCUGACGGUCCUUCAGGAGGUCCAAAUGGCUUGGAUGAGACCCGCAUGUGUGGAUACUGCGGGAGCUUCACUCAUAUGACGCAUAAUUGUGAUAACGAGGAGGUCAAAGAAAUGGCCAAAGGCACCUGUUAUAGAUGUGGAGAGCCAGGUCACACGCGUUUUGCUUGUGCUGCGGAACGCUGCACAGAGUGUGGGCAGUUCGGCCAUGCAUCGAAUAGCUGUCGUUCGACCAAAGUUUUACCAAAACACGAAAAGAACCGAAUUGCACGGGAAGAAUACAACCACGCAAGGAAUCAAAAACAGCGAACUGAAAAGCAACGGCUCAAGCAGCUUGGUGGACACGAUCCCAAGGUGCCGGUUAUCCAGGUUACCACCGAACAACCUGCCAAUGACAACAGAAAGUCAGAGAGACCUAGGCCUGAUCAUGCUGCAGGCUCCAGCAAGCGCAAGCGUACCGACUCCCCAGUCGCAGAUGCUUCAAAGAGUGCCCGGCCCCGAAAGUUCGAACAAGGCGCGCCACCUACCGGCCCCAAGAACCAGCGACACAAGAUUGACGCUAAUAUCCCGUCCAAUACGGAGAACUUGGUUAAGCCGUCUAGAGAUGGACCAGCCUAUACUCCCCUAAGUGGCAAACCUUUGAGCAGCACUCCUUCCGGUCCGGAUCCUACCAGGCAAGCUCCUCGGCAACCACAGCAAAGACCAAGCAACGGAACACGGCCUCCACCGCCGAUGCGGAAAAGGAAAGAAGUCGAUCCCUUUAUUCGCCCAAAGCGAAGAUAG